AUGCUUCUUUAUGAAUCUUACAUUUACACACUUGAACGUUCAACAACGAAUAAAUUGAUCUUUCGCUGUAGAAAUCGUGAUUGCAAAGCACGCUGCCAUACUAAUUUAUCAAUGGAUACAUUUCUCUCUCCACCAACAGCUCAUUCUCAUGCUCCUAAUCCUGAUAUUAUACCUGCUAUUCAAUUAAAAAUUGACAUCAAAGCUCGUGCUGCAAUUACAGAUGAACCAACUAGUUCAAUACUUCACACCGCUUUACGAACAUAUCCCCUUAGUGCAGCUGGUCAACUUCCAAAAACUGAUGCUCUGAUACUAACUAUUCGACGUCAACGUGCUGCUCCAACAUUAGAUCCUGAUGGUCGUAUACCAGAAAAACUAAGAAAAACAGAUCGUGGUGAAGAUUUCAUUCUUUUUGAAAGUGAAGAGUUAAUUAUUUUUACAACGAAAACUAAUUUAUCUAUAUUGAAACAAUACAAGCAUUGGUUUGCUGAUGGCACAUUCAAAGUAUGUCCUGAUGAAUUUUAUCAGCUGUUUACAUUGCAUGCUAUGAUGACAAAUUCAAUUAUUCCUCUCGUUUACGGACUGUUAAUUGGAAAAAGCACAAAUGAUUAUAAUUUAUUCUUCGAAAAAGUUCUUGAGCAAGAUGAUUUUCAACCUCAAUCAAUCAUGACUGACUUUGAAGCUGGCACAAUCAAAUCGGUAAAAGAAAUGUUACCAAAUGUUCAACAUAAAGGAUGUCUUUUUCACUUCGGACAAGCGGUAUGGCGACAAGUUCAAAGCAAAGGAUUGACGACGAAAUAUAGAGAGGAUGAGUAUUUUCGUUUAAAUGUUAAGAAAUUGAUUGCUCUUGCUUUUGUUCCCGUAGGUGAUGUCACAACAGCGUUUGACUUGGUGGCCGAACAAUUCGACGAUGAUGCAGACGAUUUACUCGAUUAUUUUGAAAAAACUUGGAUUGGUGAACGAAAAAGAAGAGGUAAAUUUUUUGUGAUUGCUGAGAAAUUUUUUACGGUUUGGUAUUUGUUAGGUACUGGUCGAAAAAAUCCUCAAUUUCAACAUCAACUAUGGAACAUAUAUGAUCGUGUCGUGGCAGGUGUACCAAGAUCAAAUAAUGCUGUAGAAGGUUGGCACAAUGCUUUCGCUAGUCGGGUAUCCAUCAAUCAUCCAAACAUCAUUAAAUUAACAGAAAAGAUUCGUCGUGAACAAUCAAAAUUUGAAAUUGAUAUUGCCAAGAUCCUUCAAGGUCAUCAAGUUAAAACACAAAAAGCGUGUUAUAGAAAACUCGACGAAAGAAUUGAACGCGUACUCACUACUUACGACUCAUCUCAACUGGAUCAAUACUUAAGCAAUAUCGCAGCUAAUAUCUCUCUCUAACUGUUUUUACGUUUUUUUUUCUUGUAUAUUAUAAAUAAUUUAUGCUAUUGUAAAUAUAAUUGGAUAACACCUCAAUAUUUUUUUUCUUGAACGAGAAAAUUCAUUAAGAGAGAAGAGAGAAUUUUUCAUUCGAUCGUAUGUAUGCAACGAAUUAGUUGCGACGAACAGAACGCGACAAAUUGUUAUGCGACGAAUUGAUCAUGCGACGAAUUGAUCGCGACGAAUUGAUCGCGACGAAUUGUCUGCGACGAAUUGAUCGGUCACCCUGGGGGGGGAAGGGGUGUAGGGACUGUGGGAACAAAGUGUUACAGGGAGAGGCCUGAAGGGGGGGAGGGAGGGUUUUCGUA